AUGCUUUCCCGUACUUUACGUGCCACAGCACAUUCUGGCUUUGCAAGACAAUCUUGUAGAUUGUUAUCAAGUGGAAAAGUUUUACGUUCAGAACAUGAUGUUACUACCAAGACUGCUUCGAAAUUAUCUGAAAUUACAGGACCUGAUGGAUCAUUGAUUGGUCCAGGUGCCAAGAAAGGUACUAUUCCAACUGACUUAGAUCAGGCCACUGGUUUGGAAAGAUUUGAAAUUUUAGGUAAAUUAGAAGGUAUUGAUGUUUUCGACAUGGAGAAUCCAAUUUUCCAAGGUAAGGGAACGAUGAAAGAACCGUUUUUAGUCCCGACCUAUGUCGGUUACAGAUAUGUAGGAUGCAGAGGUAAAGAAGGGGAUGAACACAAGCCAUAUUGGAUGAAGGUCGAAGAAGAACACCCAGCUAGAUGCUGGCAAUGUGGUAAUGUCUUUGUUACAAAGUAUUUAGGUGAACCAGGUCAUCAUCACCAUUGA